AUGACAGGAAUCACCGCGGAAAAGACGACCUCCUCCACCUCUCACUCCCACUCGGAGGGCUCCUUCACCAUCACCAUCGAAAAGGAUGACAACCCCUUCAACGGCGUGUCCCCGCUCGCCAUGAAAGACCUGAAAAAGGUCGCGCGCGAGGGGAUCGCCCUCGCUGGCGGCCCCGCGGCCAUCCUCCUCCAGAUCGCGCACCCGCUCGUGGGCCAGGGCGUCGCGGACCACAGCACCUUCACCAAGCGCGCGAUCUCCCGCCUGCAGUACACGCAGAUGUACAUCUACGUGAUGAUCUUCGGCAACGACGAGGACAAGCGGCUGAUGAAGUCGUGGGUGGACAUGGCGCACAGCCGCGUGAUCCAGGAGUCUGGGCCCCGGCCGUACUCGGCCCUCGACCCGGAGCUGCAGCUCUGGGUCGCGGCCACCAUCUACGCGUCCAUGGUCGGCAUGUACGAGCUCAUCUAUGGCCCGCUGCCACCGGCAAUGGCCGAGCGCGUCUUCCAGGCCUACUCGGUCAUGGGAACGUCUCUCCAAGUGCCCCGCGAGAUGUGGCCGCGCGACCUCCGCGCCUUCCGCAUCUACUGGCGCGACAUGGUCGAGAACAGACUGCACGUCACGGCGGACGCGGAGCUCGUCCUCAAGGAGAUCUUCCACCCCGUCAAGAGUGUCCCGCUGUGGCUGCGCCCUGCGGUGGUCGUUGCGAUGCCGUUUAUCCGGCGGUUGACGAUUGAACAGCUUCCGCCGUCUGUGCGUGAGCAGUUUCAUCUCAAGUCGACCAAGACUUCUCGUGCGCUUUCCGGGUUGUUUGUUAGUGGGAUGAGCUGUGUGUAUCCGUUUACGCCGCUGUUUAUUCGGCAGUUGCCCAAGACGUAUUCGAUUCGGUUGUUCAGGAAGAAGAUUAAGAAGAGGGGUGGGCAGUUGUUGAAGCCUUGA